GUCUACUUCCCCCUUAUCCUCUACAAAUUUCUCAACUGGAUAUCCUCUUUAGUCCAUUAUUCGUCCUUCUUUCUGCAAUGGUCCCUUUUGUUGACCAUUUGGGUGCCAUUGGAAUUGGAUUUUGUUUUGGCUGCGUUUCUUGUUGGAUGUACUUCUCCGUUAAGGAGCUUAUUUUUAUAUAUGUAAAGCAUGAAACUUGUAGGAACUGAUGAGAUAUGAUCUCAAGGGAACUUUGGAUUUAGCGGAAGGGGUAAACAAUUCAUAAUUAGAAUAUUUUUGGAGAAAAUUCAGUAGACUAACAUUAAAUAAUACUAUAUAAUAUGUUGUACUUAUUUCGCUUAACGAUAUUGUCAUUGUCAUUUAAGGUUGCAUUAUUCAAAGCAUAUUCGUAUUUGACGAUAUUUAAUGAAAACUGAAACAUGUCAGACAAUACGAGUAAAAACCUUGGAAGGACAUACUUUCUUAGGACUACAAGCAUGUAUAUGGACCUAACAAAAGACACUCUUCUUCAGUUGUUUCAACAUUUGAACAAUAAUGAAAAUAUCAUAACGUUCUUGACUACAAAAAAUACAAAAGUGAAGCUUCAAGAUUUGUUUCAGAAUGGUGUCCUGAAUAAAAAUGAAUACACUCUUGUAAGUUCCUGUUGGCCGAAUCCUGAAAAAUUUGAUAUCGCAUUGUUGAUUAGGCUAAUCCUAGGAUUAUUCAGGGGUAGAAUAUCAGGACCACAACUAGGAUGGUAUACCAAACCACAACAUCACGAUGUAUCUCUUGGGGCAGACCUGCUUCGUUUAAGAAAUACUAAGAAUGAAUUAAUUGGUCAUCGCGAAAGUGAGAAUCUCGAUGAAGCUGAAUACAUUCACAUUUUCAAUAAAACGGAAGCAAUAUUAAUAAGGAUUCUUGCAGCUUUUGAUCGAGAAGAGGCGGGAAAUUUGAAGAAGAAAUUAAACGAGUAUAAAGACUUACAUUUUGGAUAUGUGAAUGGGAAAAUAAGGAGAUAUCUAAGUGAGCUGGCAGAGGCAGACAACGAAACAAAGAGACUGCAAACUCAAGUUGAAGAAUUAAUGAAGAAAUCAAAAGAAUUUCAGACGUUUUUUAAGACAACGCCGGAGCGAUUUGUUCGAUACGUCAAGCUGCUUUUUGAUGGGGGUGGAACUGCUCUCCGUGGGAUUCUAGAGAGAGAAUUGAGAAAAGCAGACAAGAGUCUGGAUUCUCUCCUUUCCGAAAACAAAGAGAUGCUUUUACAAACAAUGCAGGAAGAAUAUUAUCAGUUCCUUUUCCCACAAGAAUCAAGCCAAAAAGAUCACAAUUGCUGGGAGGUUGGCCUUCUUGCAUCUGUCAUUCUUCUGAUAUUUACAGAUUUAAGCAUGGAUGAGAUAAAUAACAUUGAAGAAAUACAAACUGCCAGGCAAAACUAUGCAAUGCACGCUAUUAGCUGUUUAGAUGCUGACGAAUUCCUUAUCAUUUGGACAGACUUGAUUAGCAGCCUCAAAUAUCUUUCAAUGGGAAUUGAAGAAGAAAAGAAACAUCACAUUGAGAAUCUUAUUGACCGCUACAAGAAAAAGUGUAAUGAAGGUGAUGCAGAUGAUUAUUUAGACCAACUCAGACAAACUGGAGCUCCAGUAAAGACAUUGAAAUGCAUUUACGAUGAAUACAUGUAUCAACUGAAGCAGAGAUUGAGACAACUGAAAGAAAGAGCGCUUCAAUUCAAGUGUGAUCAUGUUUUAGAGCUUAAGAUAAUGGUAUCGUGUGAAGAUGAAACGAAGAAAAGAAACGCAGAGGACGAACUUGAUCAAAAAUUAAGAGCCUCUCUUCUCGAAUCACAUCACGGUUAUGAUUUCUUGCAGAUGGAAGCGGACCUUUUCAUGUCAAGUAUUACCUCUCAUCCAAACAUAAACCUUACUGGGGUCACCAGAUGCUGCAUCAUGGUAUCAUUCACUUGUUCAACGCUUGAUGGAGUAAUGAAUCUUCUGAACUACUCUAGCAGUCAGGACUUCCUGAAAAGGAUUUGUUAUAUUUCAAACGAGUUAAGCUAUUUAUAUGAAGAUGCCUUUCUCGUGCAAGGAUACAUAACACUUGAAAGUUUAUCUGAGAUUGAGAUUUCAGACUCUCAAAAGCAUGUCUAUGAAGAAGGAAUUUCACUACCAUUAAAAUGCAGUUCUGCCGAGGGAAUGGAGCAUAUUUUGGAUACUUUGCAAAAUGUGAAAACGGCCAAUACACUGAACAGCAUUGCUGAUAAAUUAUCAGAACAGCUUGAAGAAACUGUAUACAUUCAUGUUACCACUAAUCUAAUUGAGUUUAGAGGUGUCUUCACGGGUGCACAAAAUAUGAAAAAUAAGAUAAAAAAGAAAGGGCUGAAUUCAUUGACAGCAACCCCCACACGACCCAACAACACUGGACCACCGGAAAGGAGCACAAAUAGACACCAAACAAAAACAACAAAGGACACCAAAGACCAAGUUUUGAGAUCAAAGAGCAGGAGUGUGAUUCCGGUAUCUAAACAAGAAGAAGGAGACGUGAUGGAAAAUGUUACAGACAAACCUGUAAAUGAAAUAGAAUCAGAUUGUAAAAAGAAAUGUGGACGUCGUCAGAGGAAGAAAGGAAAUCGAUCAAACCAAAAAGAUCCAAAGCUAUUGUCACCUCUGCAGCAUUCACUAGGUGUAAGACCAAUAAAUUUAAAUGCUGAUGACACAUAUUCACUUGACAAGAUGUUACGAGGAUUAUCUGAUAGUGACUUGACGUUUGAUCAUGUACUGCAAUUAGAAAGAGCGGAAUCCACUUUACGAGUAAUAGAAGCACCUGGCAGAAAAGUUACUUCUGAAGAGCUAAACGAUUUACAAACUGAUAUUGAACGUCCGUUUUACUCGCUGCAAGUAGAUAAGUCAUCUUCGACAAGUGUGAAAAAGCAAAUUUUGUCUCUGCCAAACAAUCCUUUGAAUCAUCGUCCGCUUUCUGCUUCUGAUAAACUCGGAUUUAAAGAAAGACUCAAAUGUUUUUACCAGGAAUUCGUUACGUUCAAGCGUCACAUUAUGCCGAAACUUGUGUCGGAGGAUGAGGAUUAUCAGAGAAAAAAACAAGAACUGAAAGAUUUUCUGAUUACAACUCACAGGAAAACGUUAAAAGAGAAAGGGUUCAAUAAAAGGAUUUCGAUGAUCUUUGGACGUGGCCGUUUAAUGUCGCCUAAAACAGGUAUCGUUACUUCCUAUAGAGGUAUUUUCUACGACGACUACCAAAGAAAACAGCAUAAAUAUAUACAUAUCAUUGGUGAAGAAGGCAGAGCCUCAACAGUUUGCUUGGAACUUGUCUCCGCUUGGUGUGACGCUCAAAGUGAGGGAAACGUGCACAUUCUCAAGAAUUUUGAAUUCGUUUUCAUGAUAUCCCUUUCGGAUGUGGGCUCAGGCGAUUCUAUCAACGAAAUGAUAAGAUUGCAUCUUCAAAGUGAGGAGUACAUUGGAACUUUAGAUCAAGUACUACAACUCGAACCAGACAAAUGCCUAAUCAUUCUCGAUGGAUUAGAUAAGUGGAGACAUAAUACUUAUAACAAGUAUUCUGCAUUGGAAAUUCCAAAAGGAAAUCUGUUUUCAGACUAUGUGAUUCUCGUUACAGCAAGUCGUCAUUUGAAAAAUCGCAUUAAGAGGGAAUUCGGUGAUAAACAACUGCUGUACAUAUGUUAGUCUAUUGACAGACGUGUAUAUAUCGUUGGUGUUCUUGUUGCAGUUUAAAAUUAUCCACAAAAUCUGAGAGACGUCUUCACUUUUACUUCGUCUCUCCAAUCUCUUAUUUUUUUCACCUUCUUCUUCAAUCAGCAUUCUCAUUGUUAUGUCAUAUAUGCAAAUUAAUUCAUGUUUAAUCCUGUAACAUAGACCAUGACCCUUAUUUGUUUAUAUUAUGAUUUCGGUCAUGAUACCAGCUUCACAUAUGCCCACAAAGACAUAUACAUGUACAUAUAUUUGAAAAGGCGUGUUACUCGUAUUAUGAAUUUGGCAAUCUGUUUUGAAUAUUGUUUAACAAAUAUAAUAUUCACAUCUUUUCUAUAAAAGUAUGUCUUUGUUAACCUUUAAAAUAAUACUAUCAGUUUAGUAUUGAUAUUUCGCUUUGCUGUCACAAUAGAUGACCACAUAGUGUGAGAUAAGUUUAUAUUAAUUUAUGUAAUAUAUUAGCUCAAAUAGGCCUUAUGUAUUUUUGGUCAGAGUUCCGCACUAAAAGCUUUUUUGUGUAAUAUAUAUUCGUCGCCAUUUUUUUGGGAUCUGCUCAAAUGUGAAUCGAAAAGAUAAGUAAAGUUUUAUAAAUAUGUUG